GGGGGCGCGAGGCGGAGGCCGUUCCCGCCAAAGCCGCGGGGCGCGCGCCUGGGGUCGCCAUCGCGGGGGAAGGGGGAGGAAGGAGGAUGGGCCCGCUGCUCAACUGCAUCGUGGCCGUGGCCAAGAACGGGGGCAUCGGAAAUAAAGGGGACCUGCCCUGGCCCGCGCUCAGGAACGAAUUCAGAUAUUUUCAGAAAAUGACCACAACUCCAACAGUAAAAGGUAAACAAAAUCUGGUGAUAAUGGGUAAGAAGACCUGGUUCUCCAUUCCUGAGAAAAGUCGACCUUUGAAAGACAGAAUUAAUAUAGUGCUCAGCAGAGAACUAAAAGAACCCCCACAAGGAGCUCAUUAUGUUGCCAAAAGUCUGGAUGAUGCUCUAAAUCUUCUCCACCUCCCAGAACUAGCAAGUAAAGUGGAUAUGGUAUGGAUCAUUGGAGGCAGCUCAGUUUAUAAGGAAGCAAUGGAGAAAGGAGGUCAUCAGCGACUAUUUGUGACUAGAAUUUUGCAAGACUUUGAAAGUGACACAUUUUUUCCAGAAAUUGAUUUAGAGAAAUAUAAACUUAUUCCGGAGUAUCCUGGUGUUCCAGCUGACACCCAGGAAGAAAAGGGCAUUCAGUACAGAUUUGAAGUAUACGAAAAGCAUAUUUAGUAGGUUCACAGACUGAUUUACUUUUAAAAAAAUAAUUUUAUAUCAUGUCAGUAUAGAAAUAAAUGCUUGAUGGAUGUCAAUUAACUUUUCACAUAAGUACUUUUUCUCCACAAAUCUUCAAUUGAUUAAAAGCUGUUCUUUUCUGCAACUUUUGGUUUUUUCUCGAAACAAUCUGCUGCCCCAUUUACUAGAUUUUUUUGAGAAUGUAUUUGAAAAAUGUAGUGUUCAUUUCAUUUAUGUUAAGAUUUGGGGAGAUGAGAGGACAUCAGUAUUCCUUUUAAUCUGGUACCAUUUCUUAUGAGAUAGAAAGGGAAUGUAGAGUGAUCCUGGGGGUUUGAAGAGAAGGAAAAAGGGUGUGGUGAGGGCAACGCUUUCUUGUUUAUUUUUUUAAGAAUCUGCUGUGAAAGACACUUAAAUGUCUGUCGUACCUGAAUUCUGUUUCGUCGGAGGAUUUCAGAAGAAUGGAAAAAAAAGUAAUUUAUGACUUUUUAGGCAAAGAAGCUAAACUGCAGAGAAAAGUGAUUUAAAAGGAAAAUCAUAAGCAAUCUAACUCUUGACUCUAUCACUGUUAACUUUACAAUCAGAGCUACUCAUGCUUCUUAUACCUGAGAUGAUAGCUGUUCAUCCUUCAUUCAGAGAUUAUCGGAAUUCUCACCUUUUCCCAAACUAUUGUAUUUCAAGAAGAUUUCUUGGCAUUAGUUAAUCAUUUAUUGGUAGAAAUUUUUUUUCUCUCCUGCUUCAGACCUCCUAGGCUAAACUAAGCUAGGAAGAAAAGAUUACAUAGUAAGAUUUAUUCUAGGACUGUUCUUUUUGCUUUGAUGCUCACAGAGUUUGCAUUCCGAUAAAAUCACACAUCCUGUGCAGAAACCCCUGUAGCAAGUGACAUUAUUCCAUCUGUAUGAUUGCUGAUCUAUUUUAAAAAUAAAAAUAUAUCAAUUUCUUAA